CUGGGAUGAUUCCUGGCUCUGCCGCACCUCCUCUUUUUUCCCACUCCACAGACUUGCGGCGUAACCCUUCCAUUUCUUCUCUCCGAAUCAAACAGCUGAAGGAGUCGUCGAGUUGUCAACCGUUUGCGUCGCCUGCCUGCUCGCAGUCUCCAGGCGUAAGAAUUCGCUACUGAGGAUGAACGUCCUUUUGUCGCCGCAACCUCCGAUCCUUCCUCAUCAAUACGAAAACAGUCGGCUCCCACCGCCACUAUCCGCCGCAACCUGCAGCAUGGCUUCCAGAAAGCGGAAGGCCGAUGACGAAAACGAUGAGAUGUCGGUAUCUCCGUCAAGCUCACCUGCGACGUCUUCGAGGCAACUUGCGAGACCAGCGAAAAAGGUUCGAGGCGGCAGCGACAUGGCUGGGCGGCCAUUAUCUCUUCCCCGGCUCCUCGAGACUCUCGACAACACACAACUGCGGACCGUCCUCCAGAAAAUUUGCGAGCGUCAUCCGGACAUUGGGCAGGAGGUUGUGACGAGUGCGCCGCGGCCAUCAGUCGCUUCAGCACUUCAGGUUCUGGGCGAAUACCAAGAAAAAUUGCGUGCCGCCGUUCCCUUUGGCCACUCGAGUUCCGACUACACUUAUUUCCGAGUUAAGCAACCGCUCAUUGCACUCAUUGACGCCCUUUCCGACUUCACGCCGCAGUUCCUCCCGCCAGUCGAACAGCAAGCAAACAUAUCCUUACAGUACCUAGAUGCCGCGACCAAGGUUAUCCAUGAGUUGCCCGACUGGGAGAGCCAACAAUAUCGGCAUCACAAGGACAAUGCCUACGAUGAGAUUUCGGGAGCAUGGGCGCUGGUGAUCACUGAGGCAGCGAAAAGAGGAGGCGGUUUUGCUCUGCACACGGGCGGCUGGGAACAGAGGCUGGCCAAGCACAACCAACAGUCUGGAGGAAAACUGGAGCAAGGAAUGAAUGCCAUGGCAAACGAGGUCGGGUGGAUGCGCAACAACUCGAAUGCCCCAUCGUCAGGCUCCUCCAGCUUGUCUGACCAGAAUUCGAUUUUGAACCAGCUGGUCAACGGCACUUACGGCUCACCGGUCCGUGUCGGUCCUUGUCCUGGCGAUCAACAUACCAGAAUUGCGAACCCAUUUCAACCACCACAACAGCGCAUCUCUGAAUACACUGCGCAAGAAAUUGCCACAUUACAGAGCCGACUCGAGAAGCAACUCGGGCCCGAAUACAUCUCCUCCCGCGCCGGCCCGUCAGGGCAAAAGGUACACUACAUCAGUGCCGAGAAAUGCAUCGCACUUGCCAACGAGGUUUUCGGCUUCAAUGGAUGGUCCUCAAGCAUCCAGGACCUCCAGGUUGAUUUCGUCGAUGAAAAUCCGCAGACGCUCAAGGUCAGCCUCGGCCUAUCGGUCGUUGUCCGCGUCACCCUACGCGAUGGGACGUAUCAUGAAGAUCUGGGAUACGGACACAUUGAGAACUGCAAGGGCAAGGCUGCCGCGUUUGAGAAGGCGAAGAAGGAGGGGACUACCGAUGCUCUGAAGCGCGCCCUGAGACACUUUGGCAAUGUGCUCGGUAACUGCAUCUAUGACAAGUCGUAUCUGGCCAAGGUCACCAAGAUGAAGGUGGCACCGGCGAAAUUUGAUGAGAGCUGUCUGCAUCGGCACCCUGAUUUUGUGGUUAAGAAGGAGCCCCCAGAGGGCGAUACGUCUACGGGCGAGAUGAGCGCACCGCCGCCUCCUGAGCUGCCGUCCGCAGAAUCAUUUGAGGACUUUCUAGGCGAAUUUGAUGAAGCGGACUUCAAUAUAUCCGAGGAGGGCCACCCUGACUAUGUCGUCCUACCGAACUCAAAUCAUACAGACUCCGCCAAAAGUGACCAAACUCUGGCCAGAGCCGGUUCCACCGGCAGCAUAAACUCUAGACAGCCGCCACAAACACCAAAUCAGCACUCAGGCCGGCCCAACGCAAACGCAUUAGCUACUGCACAAAGCCGUGUGCCACCCGGCGGCACUCGCGCACCACCACAAUUCAACCAAAACCGACCCCCAGGCCAGCCCAACAAUAUCAAGCCUGCCCUACAAACUCAUAUGACCCCUCCCCCUGCUGGGGCUGACAAUGCUGUAGCGCCCACAGGCGGCGGCGAAGUUGUCGGCUUCUUCUCAGCACGGGCCGUAAACCAGUUGCCUGAAGAAUCGCUUGCCAACGGCCAGGUAGCACCCAAAGCAGGUCUUGCUUUCAAUCCCCGACUAGACAGCCCGUCAAUCCGCAAGACGCCUGGAAUAGAUCACACGAAGUCAAAGCCCGUCGCCCGUAACGGACAGCACGUCCCUCCGGCGACAACGCACAAUGCGGAGGAGACCAGCGGACUAGGUUCUGGUUCCAAGCCUGGGAUGCCGCCCCCACCGUUAGCCCUUGGAGGCGGAGGAGGAGGGGGAGGAGGGGGAGGAGGGGGAGGAGGGGGAGGCGGAGGAACGGGGUCAGGAGCGAGGCCCGCGGGCCCGCCGCUGGCAAGGGCCAACGCAGUCGUUAACCCUGCCCUGGACCAGACCAGGCGCAUCGGGGCCCCUGGUUCUUCGAGUCCACUAGCCAACAGGGGCUCGUAUCGUCCACCUACUAUAAUGAAGAGGCCUGCUCCUGGGGCGGCGCCUGCGACGGCUGGGACAGGAGGGGGAGGUGGUGGGGGUGGUGAUGGGGAUAUGAGGACCCCAUUAUCGGAUACGUCGACUAAUAUGCCGGUUGGGAAUGCUAAUGGAAAUGGAAGUGGGAAUGGGAAUGGGAAUGAAACUGGGCCAGAGGUGAAAAGGCAGAGGGUUUCAUGA